AAUUAAAAUUACUUGAUCAAUUUUAAGCUACUGAAAGAAAACACAUUUUAGAUUUGUUAAAUUCUUAGAAUUUAAACACAAUUUCCAAAAAAUUGGGGAAAAACAUCGCAUUGUUUUGCGGUCGCCCGGUGUGGCAGCCCUGGCAGCUGGGUUGCGAUAUAUCGACCUUGGUACACCAACUGCCAUCCCCAUCACUCUCUGGGUUGUUUUUUUUUGCGUUUUUGCAUAACAAAAUCUUGGAACUUCGGCUAAAAACGCCAGCGAUCUCUGACCAGGAGAGCACGAGAACAGGAGCGGCACAUCUCACUUGGAGAGCAGUCGGAAUGGGACAGUACACGGCGUCGCAGCGCAAGAAUGUAAGGAUACUGCUCGUGGGCGACGCUAGGGUGGGGAAGACGUCGCUGAUUCUGUCUCUGGUCAGCGAGGAGUAUCCGGAGGAGGUGCCUCCUCGGGCUGAGGAGAUCACCAUUCCGGCGAACGUAACGCCCGAGCAGGUGCCCACCAGCAUCGUAGACUUCUCUGCCUUGGAGCAGUCGGAGGAUGCCCUGGCCGCCGAAAUUAACAAAGCGCACGUGGUGUGCAUAGUUUACGCCGUGGACGAUGACGACACAUUGGAUCGGAUCACCUCCCAUUGGCUGCCGCUUGUCCGGGCCAAAUGCAAUCCCUCCCUGGACGGCGAGGGUGAUGCCGAAGCGGAGGCGGACGGAGAUGUACAAAGGGAACCUAUUCGCAAGCCAAUCGUUCUGGUGGGUAACAAGAUAGACCUCAUCGAGUAUUCCACAAUGGACAGCGUGCUGGCCAUCAUGGAAGACUACCCUGAGAUUGAGAGCUGCGUGGAGUGCUCUGCCAAGACACUGCACAACAUCUCCGAGAUGUUUUACUACGCCCAAAAGGCUGUGCUGCACCCGACUUCUCCCCUGUAUAUGAUGGAAGAACAGGAGCUCACAUCCGCCUGCAAGAAGUCGCUAGUGCGCAUCUUCAAGAUCUGUGACAUUGACGGGGACAAUCUGUUGAACGACUACGAGCUGAAUUUAUUCCAGCGACGCUGUUUCAACACACCCCUCCAGCCGCAAAUCCUUGAUGAGGUGAAGGCCGUAAUACAGAAAAAUGUGCCCGAUGGCAUAUACAACGAUGCGGUCACCCUGAAGGGCUUCCUCUUCCUACACUGCCUUUUCAUUCAGCGGGGGAGGAACGAGACGACCUGGGCGGUGUUACGGCGCUUUGGCUACAACGACCAGUUGGAGAUGUGCCACGAGUAUCUUAGGCCACCGCUGAAAAUACCGCCUGGCAGCAGCACAGAACUCUCGCACCGUGGUCAGCAGUUUCUGAUUGCUGUCUUUGAGCGCUAUGAUCGUGAUGGCGACGGAGCCUUAUCACCCGAGGAGCACAAGAUGCUCUUCAGCACAUGCCCGGCUGCACCAUGGUCCUACUCUACCGACAUUCGCAAGUCCUGCCCGAUUAACGAGACUACUGGAUGGGUGACACUGCACGGGUGGCUCUGUCGGUGGACACUGAUGACGCUGAUCGAUGUGGUCAAAACAAUGGAGUAUCUGGCCUAUUUGGGCUUCAAUGUUCAUGAAAACGACAGCCAGUUGGCGGCAAUUCACGUAACUCGAGAGCGUCGCAUCGAUUUGGCCAAGCGCCAAAGCAGUAGGUCCGUAUACAAGUGUCAUGUGAUUGGACCAAAGGGAUCAGGAAAGACUGGAAUGUGCAGGGGAUUCCUAGUGGAGGAUAUGCACAAACUAAUCGGAAAGGAGUUUAAAACGAAUGUCGUUCAUUGCAUCAACUCUGUGCAGGUGUAUGGUCAGGAAAAGCAUCUCAUCCUGCGCGACAUAGAUGUAAGACACGCCCUUGAUCCCCUCCAGCCACAAGAAGUCAAUUGCGAUGUUGCCUGCCUGGUCUAUGACUCAUCCAAUCCCCGUUCCUUUGAGUAUGUGGCCCGCAUCUACAUCAAGUAUUAUGCGGAGAGUAAGAUUCCAGUGAUGAUAGUCGGCACCAAGUGCGACAUGGACGAGCGCCGGCAGGACUACCUAAUGCAGCCGUCGGAAUUCUGUGACAAGUACAAACUGCUGCCUCCGCAUCUCUUUAGCCUGAAAACCAACAAAAAAGAACUGUAUACCAAGCUGGCCACAAUGGCAGCGUUUCCUCGCUUCCAGGCCGCCUGGAUACUGUUCUACAAGCACAGGUUGGUACAGCUGUGGGAGUCGGCCCACCUCAGGCAAUUUGGCCUGAUGACGGAGGACCCCAAGCUGUGGUGGAAGGCGGGACUGGGAGUGGCCGCAGCUACCAUGCUGGGAUUUAUAGUGCUGAAAACGAUAAGUGCUGCCGGAGCCCACUCCCGCUAGAUGAACCCACUAGGUUAAGAGGACGGGCUUAACACACAAUUACCACAGACACGUUAAUGUUGGACAAAUUCAUGUAACUUAUUUAUUAUUUACUUGCUUGGUACUGUAAAUCCAAAUUUAUUGUUACGAAAACUAAAGCAAACCAUGAAAGGGACACACGCCGAUGCUCGCAUUCCUGACUUGUAAAUACACUCGCCAAGUUCACUCGCAGGAAUUGGGCUGGAGCAGUGACCAGUGGAGCACAUUGUGUACGUUGCAUUUCUAUUCGUAUUAACUUACUUAAACCAUGUACUCUCUGAUAAGUCAAAUAAGGCAUUGUUACCAGCAUAAUCGAGUAACGAAACAACCAAAAUCGUGCAUAGCUGAUAGUGAUAUGUACACGUACUGCGUUCUAUAUAAACCAAUAUAUACUACAUCUAGAGAAUCACCGGGUUCGGUGAUAUCGCACUUUUGUAAAUACGCGCAAAGCCCCUAGUAUGAGCAAUAAACCUAUCUAUAUGUGUGGAUUGGCAUAUAGCAAUAUUUAAUGGCA